AUGGCUAGCCUGAGUACCAGUACCAGUGCUACAACGAGCCCGCGACGCCACCGUUAUAAUCGAUCAUCCACAACAAGUGUCACCCAACUGUUGUCCGAUGGAUAUUCAAGUUUUAUCAACAGACUUACAAGGCGAGGACCCUCGGAAAGAACUGAAACUGUAGCAGACACAAAACUCACGUCCAAUCGAGCACGUUUUGAUGAAAAACAUACAGCAAAUAAGAAUACUACAACUGCGAGUGUACGCCGCUAUGAGAACAACGGACAUAUUUCGCCUUACACAUCAUUGACGUCUGGUGCGCCAAUAAAAAGAUUAAACGAUGAGCGAACGUACUCUUCUUACCUGGGCACUUCAAAAUCGCGGAUCGAUAUAUCACCUUUUCAUUCUACCUCCGGUAUUAGCGCACUCAGUCGCAGUGACUCAUUUAGAAGAGCUCACUUAAAAGAUAAUAAAUCAUCGCCAUUCACUACACGAUAUCCUCUUAAAGAACCAAAUAAUAACAUAGAUAGCAUUUUCUUGGGUAGCACGCGUAGUCGUUUAGAAGACAAAUAUUCUUCAGUAUUAGACAAAAUAGCCGUUCAAAAAAAGGAAAGAGCUAGGAAGGAAAAGGAAGAUCGCGAUAAAACAUUAGAGCCCGAACCGUCGUUGUCACGAGGGCUCAUGAGAAGUUUAACCACUGCAGUUUUUGGUGAAAAUUCUUUUAAGAGAAACAAUUAUUCCCGUGAAAAAACAAGGGAUAAAACACCCUAUAGAAGUACAGCCGACCGUCGAAUCUCUUCUAGUCAUAAACCAAAAGACGAAUACAAAAACGGGUUUGAUAUUCCUUUGAAAGAUCAAGUUCAUUAUGGUAAAGACAGAGAUAGUAUCUAUCGAAGGCAUCACAGAAGAUCUCUUAGAGCUGAAAAAAGCGAAAAUAGUGACAGGAAAGUAGGCAAGUUAUCAUUACGACCCGUUGAUAUAAGCUUACACUCCGGAGUAAGGGAUUUGAUAUCACCAACACAGGCUAUCAAUGAUAAUAAUAUGAAGCUAAAGAUAACUAAGACACCAACGUCCUCACCGUCCAGAGAUGUAGGACGCCAAAAACAAAUUUAUUUUCCGUCGAGCGAUGAGGACGAUGAUAAAACACCGGUCGGAGAUCGUCUUCUCAGCGACCGAGAGACUAGGCGAAAGGAGAUACAGGGACUAAUAAUGAAGUAUGCCCAUUUGGAUGAGGUGUAUGGACGAAUUGGCGAUAACGAAACAAAGGAAAUACCAAACGAAGUGAUUGUACCUAAGAAGGAACCAUUGUGUGUGGGCGACGUAGUGAUGCUCCCACCAGAACUUCGCAGCCGCCAGCGCCCUCAGCGACCACGGCACCUGAUGCGGCGCGCGGCUACGCCGCCUGUAAGCACACGCUAA